AAAAAAUUGUGCACUAUGCUGUGUAUGUCGCAAAAAUGGCGAUAGAUAAAUUUCUGUUCAUUGUUUGAAAGUACAAUUUUCAGACUAAAUAUAUUUCAAAAGAUUAAAUAAUCAUUGGUGGUGUAAUCGUGAAUAAAACACAAAAAUGGCGGAUGCUAUUGUGGACAGUAGAUCGGGAGACCGGUUCUAUUGCCAUAGGUGUAAUAUCGAAUUUGAAGACGUUGUGCAGGAUUACACAUGUCCAUUCUGUUCGAGUGGCUUUAUCGAACAAUUGGAGAACCGAGCAGAUGGCCAGACGAAUGCCGGGCAAGCGUUCCACGAUGCGGGAAUGAGUUCACUGGACGCACUGACAAAUAGGGUAGAUACAGCAUUCUUCGAAUCGUUUUCUGACGCUAUGUUUCCAAUAAACAAUAUUCCACCAGUUUUAAGAGACAUUGCUUUUCUUAUGAGCGGGGGUCGAUUACGAUCUGGUAAUGGUCGACCGGGUGUACCAGCGCCGCCGCUAGUAUUGGUGGGCGCUCCGGGAGACUAUGUUUUUGGUGGUGAAGCACUAGACGCAGUAGUGACACAAUUACUCGGUCAGCUGGAACACUCUGGGCCUCCGCCGAUGCCGCGCGACAUAUUGAACUCGAUCCCCAGCGAAACGGUCACGGAGCAACAGGCUGAAGCGAAUAUGUCUUGUUCAGUUUGCUGGGAUAACUUUCAAUUAGGCGAGACGAUAUCGCGGCUAGAGUGCGAGCACAUAUUCCACUCGUCGUGCAUCACGCCGUGGCUGCAGCUGCACGCCACGUGCCCGAUCUGCCGCCGCUCGCUGCUGCCGCAGAACGAGCCGCAGAGCACUGCCUCUAGUACGACCACCACGCCCUCCACCAAUGGGGACGCGCGACCGACCGCGACACUGACACCACGGGUAGUGAUACGUCGUUCCACGCAUCCGCUCUUCAGGAGAGGGUUCCAAACUCACACGUGGGACUCGCCACAAAACAUGAGCACGAGCUCAGGUUCCUCCACCUCAGUGACCACGGGAGGGAUCUGGGCCCCGAGCACCAGGACGGACUCGAGCUCCAACUCAAGCACCUCCGUCAACGAUAGAACACAGAACUACCACACAGACUUUGAAUGCGAUUAAACAUGAAUGCCGGCUGGGUGCCCAAUAAAUUGUUGAAUUCAAACGCUUUAAUUUAUUUGUUGUAUAGUGUUGUAUAAUUAUUUAUCGUGCAGUGCAAGUUGAAAAACGCACAUGGAAAUUUAUGGAUUGUAUAUGGACUUUGACAUCCAGCCACAGUGAGUUGAGUGUUAUAGUGUUAUUUGAUAGUGAUCGGAUGAUGGAAUGAAGUGUGCCUUCAUAACAUAAGUUAUAUGUACGUGAUUUAUGACCAUUUUGUUGGAUUAAAUUUAUAAAGGAUUGUUUAUUCACACUAUUGAUUAUUUGUUUGCAUAGCGUGGGUUAUGAAGUCGCAAUUGCAUUUCACCGGGGAUGCCUAGGAAGACUAAAUGAUUUUACAACAGCUACAUUUUUAGAUAAACAAUAAUAAUUGUGUAUACAUUUUCGAACUCACACAUGUGAGAAUGAUUUUAUUGAAUGCAUUUUUUGUAAAUUCUGCAUGUUUAUUUCCAUUAAAGUCUAGUAUAAACGUUUAAUUGAUAAAUUUUUUCAUAUAAAAAAUCUGUAAUUUAAAUUGGACAUAAAAUCUGCUUGUUUGCAGAAAGCCAUAAAAUAGCUUAUAUACUUCCAAAUAAUAGUAAAACUGUCAUCAUGGCUUCGUCAUUAAUUUUAGUUUAAAUUCAUUAGUCUUUGUUAUUUCUGCUUCAAAUCAUUUUUUAUGUAAAAAAAAAUUAUUUUGAAGUUAUUCUUCACUUUUUUUUUGUAUAUAAUGUUUCGCAUGAUAUUCCCUUUAACAUGUAAAUAUGUACUACCUAUGUAAGCAAUGUUGCUAGAUCCAGAAACAUCAGCAUUAUUAAAUGUUAAAUAAAC